ACGUUAGUUCAUUCCCGCUUCUCGUUCAGUUUAAACGCUUUGGCGGGUGGCGCUGGCGCAUGUGUUAUUGUCUCUCACACGAAACGAACUUGACAGGAUUUGAAAAUCUCGGACGAUUCUCCACAUCUGACAUCUCCUCCACAUGCUUGCUAAUGCCAUUUUCCGAUUAAGAAAAUUCCUCCUGUAAGAGAUGUGCAGAUACUCGAUUCACCGUUCAUUGGUACUCGUCUAGCAUGAGCACCGGCGAGCAGGACAAUUACGGAAUUUUUUUUAUGUGUUUGUGCGAGUUCGGCGACUUUUGAAAGUUAUAAUUUACAAUCAUUAUGUAGAUGUUCAAAGUGUAUUAGUGGUUACCGGCCUUUGCAGCAUGUACGUCGACCAAGUCGUGUUAAGGUUGACAGCGGUUUUGUGCUUGGCCACGAGUUGCUCAGCCGAAGAUUCGAUUCUAACGCCGAAGAGGUCACAUCGGCCAUCGAAAUACCCCCAGAAGGUCCAUGCCCUAUUUCAGAGCAAAUAUGGAAAAAGGCCGGAUCAGAGUGGUGUCUGGUCAGCAUGGGGUGCUUGGACUGAAUGCACAAGAACUUGCGGAGGCGGAAUAAUGACUCAAACGAGAUAUUGUAUCCAGAGACCAACAGAUAAUAGAUUCAUCCAGAAACAGCGAAAACGUUAUCAGAACUCUGCCAGAGGCUGUAUCGGAUUGUACAAAAGAAUACAUCUCUGCAAUCCCCAGGAAUGCCCAUUUGGUACCAGAGACUUCAGACAAGAACAGUGUUCAUCUUUCAACAUGAGGAAAUAUAAGGGCAAAUCUUACGUUUGGGAACCUUUCUUAGGAGUUGAAGAAGAAUGUGCCUUAAACUGUCGUCCAGCGGGAAUGAAUUUUUAUGCAACUCUCAACAAGACUGUAAUAGAUGGUACUCCAUGUAACAGACCUGUUUCAUCAACUGGUAAGCCAGCACCUUACGGAACCAGAGGAGUGUGUGUCUUCGGUCAAUGCAAGUCUGUCGACUCCAGAGGAGUAGUUGGCAGCACAGAUGAAAACUAUACAGAAUGCCCAGCCUGUUCCAGGGGUCUCUGUAGAAGUAUCAAUGGAAUCUAUACUAGGUCAGAUUUACCACCAGGUUACAACCUAGUAGCCCAAAUACCGAAGGGAGCAUGUAGGAUUAUUGUCCAACAGAUGAAGCAUUCUAGGAAUUUCAUCGCUCUGAAGAAAACCAAUAGCUCUUUCAUCAUGAACGGUGAUUGGAAAUUUUCCCCCACAAGCCGUUCAUUCGAGGGUGCUGGAACCAGAUUCGCUUACAUCAAACAGGAUAGUGUUUCUCUUGAAACUAUCACGUCACAGGGACCUUUGGAAACCUCUAUCGAAAUAUACCUGGUACCCUACCAACCCAACCUUGGACUCAAGUACGGAUACCUACUACCGAACGAUAUCGAAAAGCAAAUAGCGCCACCUUCAGUGAGGGUUCCACACCGUUCUUUACACCCUCACGACGGCAGACACCCUGCACCCCCUUCGAUACUAACCUCAGAUUCGCACACCUUGGACACCAGAAAAUACGACAGAUCCCUACAUUCCAAUCAGCAAGACGAUCCGAAGUCUUUGACUAACCAUCAUCACCAUAGACAGAGAAGAGUGAGGAAGAGGUUCUCGUGGAAGAUUAGUGGAAUCUCUGCUUGCUCCAAAUCAUGUGGGGGAGGAAUCCAGACCACUGUCGUGAGUUGCGUACGUGAACUGACCCAAACUCCAGUGCCGGACAGACGAUGCCUCCACCUGGAGAAACCAAAUUCCAGCCCGAUAAGAUGCAACAUACAGGAUUGCCCGCCGAAAUGGGGCGGAUAUUGGUCCUCUUGCAGCGCCACAUGUGGUUCCGGUUUUCAGCGAUUCGUCGUUCAGUGCAAACAAGAACUCAACACUGGCAGAGAAGUGGUGGUCGAUGACGUUCAGUGUUCUGGAAGGCCCAGGCCACUCGUGAAGACCCAAACUUGCAACAGCCAAGUUGAUUGCGAUCUGAUAAACAACGAAGUGCCGGAAAACCCUAAUUUCAAAAGCGGCAAGCUGGAUAAGGAAUGGUUAGUUGGAGAUUGGUCUGCUUGUUCAGUUACCUGCGGGACAGGUCAUCGUUCCAGAUCUGUUUCGUGUCCUUCCGGCGAAUGUCCAGUGGAAUCCAGACCACCCCAUGCAGAAUACUGUACUUUACCAAACUGCAACCACCAACCACGGCCAUCUAGACCUUCAGAUUCAACGGAAAUAUCUCCAUGGCUGGUUACAGAAUGGUCGAAGUGUUCUGAAGAGUGUGGUACAGGGAUUCAGAGCCGAUAUGCCAUUUGCGGUAGAAACACUUGCGACAUAAGUUCGAAGCCUGACUCAACCCGAGACUGCUCCAGCGAGAAACAGUGUGGAGCACAAUGGUUUUCUGGACCCUGGGGAGAAUGCUCAGACUCUUGUUCUGGUCAGGCACAUCAGAAGCGUGAGGUUAUAUGUGUGGUUAAACUAAGGGGGCAAUUUCGAAUUACAAAUGAGAUGACCUGUCCCAACCAUCUGAAGCCAGCCGAUAAACAAGCAUGUGACGGAAGGUGUGAUCCUUAUUGGUUUACUGGCGAUUGGGGUAACUGCGAAAAUUGCCCGAAUGGCAUACAAAGAAGAAUUGUCAGAUGCAUGGAUGUGAACGGCAUUCCUUCGAAUAUAUGUCCGGAUUCCAAUACCCCAACUUCCAAACGAUCGUGUAACUGUCAGAAGAAAGAGGACAGGGAUCAAUAUAAACCCCCACAAGACCAACCUGUUGAUCAAAACUGCGUCGACAAAAUCAGAAAUUGCUACCUUGCUGUCCAAGCCAGACUUUGCCAAUACCAAUACUAUAAAAGUCAAUGUUGUAUAGCCUGUCGUAAAGCUCAACAGGACCAUGUCUAACAGUAAACUGUGAUGCAAAAUUAUAAAACAAGACUUGAAUUCGCUCUUCGGGACUGAUUAUGAAUUAGCAUUAAGAAGAAACAGUGCAUCGUGAAAGCAAACUAUGAAUUGAAAACCCACAAAAAUAUUUAUCUUUUUGUAUAUGGGAAAAAAUUUCUAUAGAAGAGUUGAUUUGAAACUUUGAUCGAAUCAAAGUUGAACUUUCGGGAGCCUCUAGAACAAAGGUUCAAAAUUAUGUGUGACACAAUGUAGUUUCGUAAAAUUGAAUUUUUAUGAAAAAUACUCCCACAAACAUAUUAUAUAGACAUCUGUGAUUAAUUCCUACUAGCUUUUAUAUUAUUUCAAGAAAAAAAUAGUGCAUUUUGGAUUAAAGCACUCGAUUACAUUAUUUCCAGAAAUACUUUGCUUCACAGCAUUGAUGCACAUUUGCCAAAAUCAGUUUUGCAACUAAAAAUAACUGCUGUGUAACUUCCUGAAUAAAAUGACUUAGCCUGUAAUGUAAUUUGAAUAAUCUUAUGACAUGAGUAUUAUCUUUAGAUUGUAUGUAUUUAUUUAGAAUCUCAUUAUAUUGUUUAAAACUUCAA